GAUUAAGGGUGGCAGUGGUGGCGACCCCUCUGCCAUCCCCACCCGUCUCCCGUAGGUUACGCCUCUGUGGGACCACCGGAGAGAGGUGCAGCUCUAAUGCCCACCAUUUCAUCAAAAUUUCAAGUUUUGCUAUUUGUUUAUCCACUGAAUGACAAUCCUGUAAUUAUUACGUGGCAUAACACGGUCUGGACUCUGGGCCAAGUUGUCCAACUACCUGGCCGCCUGUUGACAGUGGACGGUCACACGGCCGCUUCUUGUCGGGCCGCCUGACUGACUGAGAGCUGCGGCUUGUAUCCUGGCUAGCGGUGACGGCGCUAAUGCCACUCAAGGACAACAUGAGCUAACUUGCAAAGAUAGUUUGAGAAACCACUUGCAGCGAGAAGACGUCCCCCGACAACACUGGACACUUAUCUCUCAUUUGUUGCCGGUAGUAAGCAUGUCGAAUCAGCACCCGCCGGCUUUCCCGACCCAGCAGCAGCAGCAGCAGCAGUCUAAUCUGAACUCUGCUGGUUUCCCACAGCUUUUCGUUAAACCUCCAAACAAGCCUCUUCAAAUCAAAAGGAAUGUCAUAACAGACGAUUACAGUGUAACGAGUCAGGUGCUCGGCAUGGGGAUAAAUGGCAGAGUGCUGGAAAUAUUCCACAGAGAGAGUGGAGAAAAGUAUGCACUGAAGAUGCUCCAGGACUGCCCAGAGGCCAGAAGGGAAGUGGAGCUCCACUGGAGGGUGUCACCUUGUCUCCACAUUGUCCCCAUCAUAGAUGUGUAUGAGAACCUCUACCAGGGGAAGAAGUGCCUCCUCAUCGUGAUGGAGUGCAUGGACGGAGGUGAAUUGUUCAGUCAUAUCCAAGACAGAGGGAAUCACGCUUUUACAGAAAGAGAGGCCUCGGACAUCAUGAAAAGUAUAGGAGAGGCGAUACUUUUCUUGCAUUCCAUCAACAUAGCCCACAGAGACAUCAAGCCAGAGAAUCUUUUGUACACCUCUAAAAGAACAGACGCCCUCCUCAAGCUGACUGAUUUUGGUUUUGCUAAAGAAGUCACUACUUUGAACUCUUUGGCCACUCCGUGUUUUACACCAUAUUAUGUAGCUCCAGAAGUUCUCGGCCCAGACAAGUACGACAGAUCCUGUGACAUGUGGUCUCUGGGUGUCAUUAUGUACAUACUACUCUGUGGAUAUCCCCCUUUUUUCUCCCAUCACGGCUUGGCCAUAUCUCCCGGAAUGAAAAGGCGGAUCUGUAAUGGGCAGUAUGAGUUCCCCAACCCAGAGUGGUCUGAUGUGUCUGAGGAAGCGAAACAGCUGAUCUGUCAGUUACUGAAAACCGAGCCCACCCAGAGAAUGAGCAUCAGCGAGUUCAUAAACCAUCCAUGGAUUAAUCAGUCGGUGGAGGUCCCGCUGACGCCUCUUCACACCAGCCGCGUGCUGCACGAGGAGCAAGACGUCUGGGAGAAGGUGAAGGAGGAAAUGACAAAUGCCCUGCAAACGAUGAGAGUGGACUAUGAUCACAUAAAAAUCAAAACUAUUGAAGACUCCACUAAUCCUCUGCUCUUGAAGAGGAGGAAGAAAACUAAACACAUGGCCCUGGCGCAGCAUCCAGGCUAGAGAAAUGAAGACGUUACGUAUAGUUACAACUUAUACAAUAACAUGCACAACCACAUUCAUAAAAUCCAGUUAAAGAGGAGCCCUUCAGCACUCCAGGGAAAGUGGGCUUCAUCAUGUGGCUACAUCAUGUCUGCAGCUGCUUUUAUGUCCUUUCGUUACAAUUUAUUUUACAAAUCUUUACGUGAACUUCAGCCAUUAUAGUAAAUGUGCAUUUACAGAGAAACAAACGUCUAGUGUGUGUUCUAAGUAUAAAGGUUUUCAUUAUUUUUGAUGUACAUAAUUCAUUUUUAGUGAGCUGUUUUUUUUGUCAAGUCACAGAUUGACCCGGCGUGUCUGUCCGCUAGCCCGCUCUCAGUGUUGAAAUCCAUCAAGACAGAUAUUUUGCCUCAGGGGGCUUUGAGGUUUUUUUUUUCCAGCAUCGUUCAUAUUUAUCUAUUGAGUGAUUAUUACCAGAAGCCGCAGACUUUGUUAUGUUUCCUGAUCCAGUAACCGAAGAAUUUCUCCUUCCCGCAAAGUAGGAAGUUUCUUACCACGCUGCGCUCGCUGUGCAACAUUUUCUUGCCAUGUGUCGCAAUAAUCGCGCUUGCUGUGCCUAUACGAAAGGGGUGAUAACUGCUUAGUGAACUCACUUCUUUCUCCAAAUUCCUAGCGACACGGAAGGAAAAGCUUGUGGCAGUAAAACUCGAGAACAGCGUCAAGAUUACAGUGGACAAUGUCUUUUAUUCUGUAUUAAACGUCUUGUUGGUGA